CCGCCUGCCGCCGUGGGCUCUCAUUGCAAGCGGGAGACAUGGAGGUCGCAGUGUGGCCAGCGAAUUUUAUCCUCAUCUUGCUGCUUUUGUGUCCGUUAACAGGUGGACAAUAUAUGCGUGAUGGUUGUGGAGAAGAACAGAUAUUAAACUGCCUUACGGAAAAGUUUACGCGUGUUGGAAUGGUCUUUGCAUUACCAGCAAUGGUAGCGCUAAACGCCGACAACAUUUACAAGAGCGUCUGCAGUGUGAAUGUCCAGGAAUGUACUUUUGGGCACGCUCGUGAAUACUGCCCCAAGGACAAGAAAAUGGAGCUAGAGCUUCUGGAGAGUUCGAUGGUGGAGGGGUUUAAAGCCCUUUGCGAGAACCAGGGAUCACUCCUGAAGACGCUUCUGAGUGUCUACCAGUGCUGGAACUUCCAAGAGUUCCUUAGCUGUAUCGUACAACUUCCACUGACGACUAAGAGUUUUGACUUCUUGGCGAAGCGGACAGAUCAGGACUUGGAGGUACUGAAGAAAGGACUACCCAAGUGUAUCGCCCAUUCCAAGAUCAACACAAAGCAGUGCGCCCAGGUCGACGAGAAAGCGAUAGAAAAACUGAUGCACACUUUCGCCGAACGCACAGUGCCAGGGUACAACGCGGCUUCACGAGCCGGUUUCAGCACUGCUGCCAUUGCUGUCCACCGUUGUAGCUCUGGUUUUCACCAGAUGGAACUAGAGCCCCUGCCUUAAACAAGGUGGUCAAAAUUGAUUUGUGAAUCACCAGUGCCUCACCUAUCACGAUAUCCUUUCGCAACGCUCAAUCACAAAAUUUAUUUUAACGUAAAUAAAGUUUAUUUAUAUUGACAUAGUAA